AUGAAGAAAUUUUUGGAUAAUACUAAUACAAAGCUUAAUAGGGCUUUGCAGAAAACAAAUGAAGUCAUAGGAAGAGCUGAAAAGACAGAAUUGGAUGAGGAAUUUGUCUCACUAUUAAGGCAAGCAGAAUCCACACAUGAAGCAUCCAAACAGAUUAUGGAGGCUAUUGAGCAGUGGAUCAAUCCGUGUGUCUUAAAAAAGUUCGAUGAUGUCGCUUGCAAAGUAGAAAGUAUUGUCACAGAUAACAAAAGUUAUUGGCUGAAGGUUCCUGCAAAGUUACCCGCCGAACAUCUUGGAGAUACACUACUCAACGCAGCUGUUGGUGUCGGAGCUGGUACUGCAUAUGGCGCGGCAUUAUCACAAUGCGGUGAAUACAGUCGUGAGAUAGCUUCAGCUGAAAGUCGAAGGAAUGCAAUACUAGAAAAGAAAACAUUACAUGUACUACAUCACUUUUUGGCAAUUGAAUGGCCUGAAAUACAAAAAGAACUUGGUCAUUUGGAGUCGUAUCGUUUAGACUAUGAUAAAUUUAGAAGUAAAGUGAAGCAUAACGAAUAUCCAGAUCCUGAGACUUUGAAGAAAAUGGAAGAUGCUAAAACCGUUCUCUAUAAACAAGUAGAUAAGACUAGAUCUAGACUACAACAGGUCAAGUCGGUAAAUGACUCUAACAUGAUGGCAUUAAAAGAAUUAGUCGCAGCUCAACGAACUUAUUUCGCUGAAUGCAAACAGAGGACUGAAGAAUUGUCUGCUCAAAUGGAAAGAUUAAAGUAAACAUAUGCUUUUCAGGGGAGAAAAAAAGAGGCUAAAUUGAACUAAAAACAAAACAAAAAAAUCCAAUCUUGUGUCUUUCCAAUAAUAACUAAUAUAUACAAAUAUAAAACUUUAUUUUGUGCAACAGUCACGCUAUACAACUACUCUGUUGAAAUUCUUUUUUGGUCCCAAAUUCUUCGCAUUCCCCAUCGAUUUAAACUGCUCGUCUUUUUUUUGUUUGUUAUCUCAACACACCUUUGUUAUUCAGUGUAUAUUUAUAUUAAUAUCCAUUAUUAUUUGCCUUAUACAUUUCAAUAAUGUCAUUCAUUACAUUAUUGAAUUAAAUAAGAAAUUGGCUUAUUUCUUUUUAAUGCUUUCAUG